AGAAAUAUCCAUGUAGAGAUUGUCUCUUUAGCUUAUACCUUGGACCUGAGUGAUGUGAUUGCUAACUCCUUCGAGCUGACUGUUCAUGUAGGUGAUUCAGCUCUGAUGGGAUGUGUUUUCCAGAGCACGGAAGAGAAGCGUGUGACCAAGGUGGACUGGAUAUUCUCACCAAAAGCACGUGUCACGGAGGAUUACGUGCUAUACUACUACUCCAACCUCAGCGUGUCUGUGGGCCGCUUCAGGAAUCGUGCGCAUUUGGUAGGGGACAUUUUGUGCCAGGACGGUUCUCUGCUGCUCCAAAAUGUGGAGGAGGCUGACCAGGGAACCUAUACCUGCGAAAUGCGCCUGGAGAUGGAGAGUGUGGUGUUGAAACAGACCAUGGUUCUGCACGUGCUCCCCGAGGAGCCCAGAGAUCUCGCAGUUCAUGUGGGUGAUUCAACUCAGAUGAGCUGUGUUUUCCAGAGCAUAGCAAAGAAAUACGUGACCAAGAUAGAAUGGAUGUUCUCAUCAGAAGAGAGUGCCAUGGUGGAGAAUGUGUUGCAUUACAACCUCAAGCCUACUGCACCUGUGGGGGACCCUCAGAACUGGGGCCGCUUCAAGAACCGCAUAAGCCUGGUGGAGAACACUUCCCACAAUGAUGUCUCCAUCAUGCUCCAAGAGGUGAAGGAAUCGGACCGAGGAAACUACACCUGCACUAUCUACAUGGGGAAGCUGCAGUUCCGGAAAACCACCAUGCUGCAUGUGGUCCUGAGAGAGUCGCAAAGACUGGUGACAUUAGUCCCGCCCAAGCCCGAGUUUCUAGCUGGUGACCAGCUGGUGAUCAUCGUGGGGAUCGUCUGCGCCACCAUCCUGCUGCUCCCUGUGCUGAUACUGAUUGUGAAGAGGACCAACAGGAACUCGAGUUCGCCAACUUUCGUAAAGAGCCUGGAGAAUACAAAGAAAGCUCAACAAGAGAAGCACAUUUACUCCUCAGUAAAUACACACGCGUUGAUCGAGGAAGAAGAACCAAGCGAAAAAUCAGAAGCCACAUACAUGAUUAUGCACCCAGUUUGGCCUUCUCCAAAAUCAGUGUCAUAUAACCCACCUGAAAAGAAGUCAACUGGAGGGGUGCCCCCAACAGUGUGAGUUUUUUGAAAAGAAAGGCUUCUUCCCUUCAUCCUCAGCAGUGGCAGAAACUCUCUCCUCCGUGCGUCCCACCAUUUCAGGAACUCCCUACCCCCCAGAUGUCCUCCAGCCUGCUCAGAGGGCUGAAGAUGGAGGAUUCAGAGUCUGGCGAACAACCGAGGUGGCUCUGGAGUGUGGCGAUGGACUUGGCCUCUGCAGUGGGGCUCUGGACCUGGGAACUGGCUGACCUGCCGAGGCCUCCUCUGCUAUGCCAGCGAGUAGCCCCUGCGCUUGGACAAUGAUCUUGCUUGAGUUACAGCAGGGGAUCAUGGAAAUCAAACCCAGUCCAAAGCUUCCUUGGGCAAAUUACCCCCAAAUAAAUGUGU